AUGGAGAGUCGUAAAACUGAUCAUAUUCCUGAAUUGUCUCCUCAUUAUUCAGAAACCCAUAGUGAUGACCAGCUCGGAGGAAAUACCUACCGAAUGGAUCCCUUGUUAGAGUUAGAAUUAGCUAAAGUACGUUUAGCUCAGACAGAAAAAGAAAUCGAGCUAGAACGGUUACGCCAAAAAGGAAAAGAACAUUAUGAUCAAGUUAUGGUUGACAAGGCGAUGACGUAUGAGUCUACAUCUGUCGUUGAUGUUCCUCAUAGAAAAGACUGGGUAACAAUGAUGUCUAGAGCUUUAGACCUACCAAAGAAAGAGAUUAUAAGGUUUGAUGGUAACCCUAUGAACUAUUGGAGCUUCAUACGGAAUUUUGAGGACUGUUUUGACGAGAGCAUUGGGUUCCGAUCUAGGUUAAACUAUUUGAUCCAGUACUGUGAUGGUGAAGCUAAAAACACUAUUGUUCAUUGCGCAUUGCUUGAACCAGAAGAAGGCUAUCGUAAAGCACUAGAACUUCUCGAGGAAGCAUUUGGUCAGAAGCAUAUAGUAGCCCAUGCAUUUAUUGAUAAGAUGCUGAACAUCCCUGCCAUUAAAGGGACCGAUCCAUAUAAUUUAAGAAGGUUGUCUCGUGAGAUGCAUAUUUGUGAGCUAACACUCACGCAGAUGAACUAUGUAUCUGAUCUUAAUUCUACAAAGACUAUCGAAUGCAUGUUUUUAAAACUCCCGUUACACCUGCAAAGAGAAUGGGUUAAAGUUGCGUGUAGAAUUCUUAAGACAGGUAGAGAACCUUCAUUCAAGGACCUUUGUGAAUUUGUGAAAGAGCAGUCAGACAUUGCUAAUACUAGGUACGGCUUACUUGUCAACCGCGGUAGUAAUAGUGGCAAUAAAGAUGUUGGUGUUUUAAAAAGGAAAAUUAGUACAGAUUACAAUGCAGCAAGAAUAUCUUAUGCGAGUGCUAGUGAUGAUAACGCUCUCUUACGCAGUUCAUCUUGUUUGGAGUGCUCCAGUAAUCAUUCUUUAGAUCAAUGUCAGAAAUUUAAAGACAAGAAUGUUAGAGAAAGGAAGGAAUUCGUUCUUAGACACAAGUUGUGUAAUGUAUGCCUGAAGGCAAACCACGUAGCAAAAAACUGUCGAUCGCCGAGAUCGUGUGCUGUCGAAGGGUGUGGCUGGAGACACCAUACCUUGUUACACGAGUUGCGGGAAGAACCAAGGAAUACUAAUAUUGAUGCACACAUUAACACCCAGCUAUGUACGGAGAAAAGUGUUGAGCGUGUACAGAAACAAGCAGCAUUCGCAAUAGUGCCUGUACUGGUAAGAAAUGGAGAAAGGGUAGCACAGACUUGCGCCUUCUUAGAUAGUGGGUCGGAUGCCUCGCUUAUUACAGAAGAUCUAGCUAAAAGGUUGAAUUUAGAAGGAGAGCCUAAGACGAUUUCGUUGAAAACGUUGGAUAACCAUUCCACAAUUCAGUGUAAAGAGGUUCAACUAGAGGUUUCCUCCUUAGACUCGUCUUCGUCAUUUAGAAUCCCAAACGUAUGGACAGUCGAGAGAUUACCUAUGUUGCGCAGGACGGUACCAACGACGUCUCAAAUGAAAUCCUGGACGCAUUUAAAAGACAUAAGUUUUCCUAGAGUAGAGGAUGAGAAUGUCAAACUGUUGAUCGGGUGCAACGCACCGAGUGUACACGAAAUGAAAGAGAUAAGAACUGGAAAGCCGAAUGAACCAUUCGCCGUGAAGACUCCGUUAGGUUGGACGCUGUUCGGUUCCUAUAGGAAACCUUGUGAAAGCAAUUGUGCACUCAACCACCUCUCAGCUAAAGAGGAAUUAGAGGAUAAGUUCGAACAGUUGUACUCAACUGAAUUCAAAGAUCCAUUUAGUCGUACUAUAUCGAUGUCUGUAGAAGAUCGUAUAGCACUCAGUGCUAUAUCAAAUUCAGUACAAAGGUUAAACGGGCACUAUCAAAUAGCUCUACCUUGGAGGCACAACCACGAGUUACCUAAUAACAGAGAAUUAGCAGAACGUAGACUUAGCUGUUUGAAAGGUAGACUUAUUCGGGAUAAGAAGUUGUUCCAAGACUAUGUAGACUCCAUGACUCGGUAUGUAGAACGAGAUUACGCUGAAAAGGUAAACGAUAACCACUCUGAUGGGCGAAUUUGGUAUCUUCCUCACCAUCCAGUCUUCCACCCCAAGAAACCUAACAAGCUAAGAAUAGUGUUCGAUUGUGCAGCUCAGUAUGCUGGAACGUCUUUAAAUAAGAGCCUUUAUUCUGGGCCUGAUUUAGUCAAUAACCUAGUAGACGUUUUCACCAGGUUCCGGCAACGACCAGUAGGUCUUACGGCGGACAUUGAAGCCAUGUUCCAUCAAGUAAUAGUUCCGCCGCAUGAUCGAGAUGUUCUUAGAUAUUUGUGGUGGCCAGGUGGAGACUUAGAAAAGGAACCCGGGAUCUAUAGAAUGAAAGUUCAUCUGUUCGGGGCAACUUCAUCGCCAUGUUGCGCCACCUUUGCUUUACAGAAAACGAUUUCUGAUAAUCAAGAUAAAUUUCCCAGGGCUGUUACGCAAGCAGCUAAAGAACAGUUUUAUGUGGAUGAUUUAUUGAUAAGUGUGGAUACCAUAGAAGAAGCCAAACGGACAUAUUCGCACUUUAAAAGACUCCUAAGUUUGGGAGGAUUUAACUUUUAUAAAUGGACUAGUAAUAGCGUUGAAGUGCUGGAGUUCAUUCCAGAAGGAGACCGUGCUGAAGGAAGCAUUACUGUCUGUGAGUCCAGUGAGACAAGUAAACGAACUCUUGGAAUAGAGUGGAACGUCCGAACAGACGAGUUAUGUUUCAAAGUUCACGAAUUUCACGGAAACCCACCAGAAGGAAUGUUUUAUCGUAUGUAGCAUCUAUCUUUGAUCCAAUUGG